AUGCUGCUCUUCUGCCCUCACUGCGCCAACAUCCUCACCGUCUCCCUCACCGCCCAGCGCACCAACCGCCUCGAAUGCCGCACCUGCCCCUUUGAGCACAACAUCACCGAGCCCGUCUUCUCCCGGCGCGUCUUUGAGCGCAAGGAGAAGGAGGACGUGUUUGGCGGCCCCGGCGCGUGGGACAACGCGCAAAAGGGCCGCGUGCAGUGCCCCGCCGACGGCUGCAACGGCGACGAGGCCGCCUUUUACCAGGUGCAGAUCCGGAGCGCCGACGAGCCCAUGACGAGCUUCUUCAAGUGCAUGGCCUGCGGGAACCGGUGGCGGGAGAAUUAG